AUGGGUGUUUCUCUAUUUAUCCUUGACCUCCAUAUCAGUCUUGCAAUCAGUCUCACUGCUGGUUUCGUUGCAACUGGCGCUUUUGUUCACAUUUUAUACACACUUCUCAGAAAUCUCUCAAAUUUGGUUGAACUGAAGUCAGAAACGUCAGACCAAACAUCAAUUCUCAAAAUUAGACUGGCAUUUCGUGCGACUCUUACUUGGGUUUGUUCACUGAUUAUUUGUCUUUUUGCUGCACCACAGGAAAUCGGUCAGAACCUUCUUUUAGGACUGGCAACAUCACGUGCUGCCCAAAAUGGAGGCUUAUGCUUCAUAUUCUCAUUUUCUGGUGGAUAUUCAGUAGAAGAUGAGAUCAAAAAUGACAACGAUCUAGUAUACAUCGAAGAACCUACAUGCGAGAAGUCGUUAAGCUUCAUUGCAGCUGAAACUGCCUAA